CCUUAAUCGACUGGCCGAUCGCUCUUGGCGUGCGGCCGUGGCAAUUACCCCACGAACUGAGACCCUUGUCGUGUCGCUUCGGAAAAAUGUCGGGUAGCGACUAUGAACGUCAACUCAAAUUCUCAUCUGGUCGACAUCGGAUAGACACUGAAAUAAUAAUUAAGAGCAACUAGAGCUCUAAUAUCUCACUAUUGACGAGGAGAUCAGGCGCGCAUAGAGUAUGGUGUAGACCUCUUGUAUUCUCUCCCACGUCAAACGCCAGCGAGGUAUCAUAUUUGGCUAUGGCCGACGUCACAGACUGGAAAUCAGGUCUUUCUGCCACAGUUCGCUUUGAGAAUGUCCAAAACAUCCAAAAGGGAAUAGAAGCUGCGGGAGAGCCGUCAAAGGCCAAGGCCCAAAAGGCCGCCUUCGCCGCCGAAACUGAAGCUUAUAAGGAUUCCCAUUCCUUGGAAGCAUACACAGCCGUCUGUCUCGCCCUUUCUUAUACAGCUUCAUCAACUUCACCCACCUCGCCGCCCAUACCCCCAGCACCGACAACAACAUCUUCAGAGCCCGCCACUACCAUUGGAACCUACUACCCCUGCCACCUCAUCGCCACAUCCCCAGUCUCGUCCGUCUAUCAUUACCCUGAUUCCACCACUCCACUCGCCCUGAAACUCAUCACCACCUCGUCUCCAACCCCUCCACACAACCCAGGCCGUGAAGCCGCCAUCCUCAGAUCACUCACCCACCCCAACAUCAUCCCUCUUAUCUCCACCCUCCACGACUCCGAUGCCCAUCUGAUCCUCACAUUCCCCUACUACCCCCUCACCCUCGCCACCGCCCUCACUCUCCCCUCCCCCCCAAAACUCCUCCCUCUCCUCCACGACCUAUUUGCGGGUCUGGCUCACCUCCACGACAAAAACAUCAUCCACCGGGACAUCAAGCCCUCCAACCUCCUCCUCACCCCCAAUCGCCUCGUCAUCGCCGACUUCGGCACCGCCUGGCACCCUAAGCUCUCCACCGACGAGCCACACAACCAGAAAUGCCUCGACGUCGGCACGGGUGCUUACCGUGCCCCAGAAACACUCUUUGGUGACCGCAAGUACGGCACUGAGCUUGACAUGUGGGGUGCCGGUUGCGUGAUGGCGGAGUGUCUGCGUGAGCCGCAUACACCGCUAUUUGAGUCGAGAGGGGCGCAUGAGGAUGGGAAUCAACUUGGUCUUAUUUUGAGCAUCUUCAAAACCCUCGGAACCCCUGACUCCUCCACCUGGCCCUCGGCCACCAAACUCCCCACCCCACCCUUUGAGAUGUAUGCCACUUUCCCAGCGAUGCCGUGGAAGAUGAUCAUCCCGCAGACGUCAAACCCAGAGUUUGCAGGGAAAUGGGAUCAGCUACGCGAGAUCGUCUGGUGGCUGGUCAUGUUCGAGCCCGGGUAUAGGCCGGCACCGGAGGCGGCGAUGGAGAUGCUUGAGUUGGCAGGAGUGAAGGUUGAUGGACGUGAGUAGCAUUUUGAUAUGGUAUUUUAUAUUUAUAGAAGAAUAUAUCCCAAUUUACUUCCG